AUGUCCGUGCGAGCCCUGGGCGACGCGAGGGGCGUGGGGCAACAGGGGAUGGGCCAGGCUCCCGGCUGCAAGCGCCCGGCCACCACGCUGGCCGUGCCCGGCGCCGGAUCCCUGCGUUUGCGUGGCCAGCGCGGGGCGGGCGAUGCCGACGAACGCCGCCACGCGCGGCAGAUGAGGCCGGUGAACGUUUUCUCGCCGACGCGAUCGCCGGCCCCGCCGGAGUCGCUGGAGGCUGGGCCGGGCGUGCCGGACGUCGUGCCGGCGCCCGGCGCUCUGAAGGGCCCCAGGGCGAGCAUCGCGGAGAUCACGUUCCCCGUGAGGCAGGACGUGGAGGCGCUGAAUCAGAAUCUGAGGACGAUCGUGGGCGAGCGGCACCCGAUGCUGAUGGCCGCGGCGGAUCAGAUUUUCGGGGCCGGGGGAAAGAAGUUGCGGCCGGUCAUUUGCUUCUUGAUGGCCAGGGCGACGCUGGAGCUUGGGGGAUUCAGCGACCUGACGGACAAGCACCGGAGGCUGGCGGAGAUAACGGAGAUGAUCCACGUGGCCAGCCUGGUGCACGACGAUGUGCUGGACGAUUGCAGCGUGCGCCGAGGGAAAGCAACAGUGAAUACCAUUUACGGAACACGGGUGGCUGUGCUUGCUGGCGACUUCCUUUUUGCACAAGCCUCCUGGGGACUGGCCCAACUGGAGAACUUGGAGGUGAUCAAAUUGAUAAGUCAGGUCAUCGCUGACUUCGCCAAUGGCGAAAUCAGUCAGGCCACUAGCCUGUUCGACACAGGGUUCACGAUCGAGGAGUACAUGAACAAGAGCUUCUUCAAGACAGCGUCGUUGAUGGCAGCCACCUGCAGGUGUGCGGCUGUCUUCAGCGAUGUCAGCUUGGAAGUCAAGGAGUCGUUGUACAACUACGGCAAGCAUCUGGGUCUGGCUUUUCAAAUUGUGGACGACAUAUUGGACUUCACACAGUCAACAGAGCAACUGGGAAAGCCUCAAGGGCAAGACUUGGCAAGCGGCAACCUGACUGCACCAGCCAUAUUCGCCUUGAGGAGCAAACCCAGGCUUGCAGAGCUUUUGGAGGAAGAGUUUGCUGAGGACGGAUCUCUACAGGAGGCGAUCGAGCUGGUGAAGGAGGGUGGGGGGAUCUUGGCAGCGAAGCAGCUGGCUGCGGAUGAAGGAGACAAGGCUCGAGCGGCCUUGGGGUGUCUGCCUGACUCCCCUGCGAAGGUUUCUCUCUUACAAAUGGUGGACUACGUCCUGGAUCGGCUGUAUUGA